AUGGCGACAACGACACAAGGAAUAGUUUGCAUCAAAUGUAAGAAAACAAAACGAAUUGUAACAUGUAAAGGCUGCUCGAAAGAUUUUUGUGCCGAUCACCUCAACGAGCAUCAUAAUGAAUUAAGCGAACAAUUAGGUAAAACUGAAGAUCAAUUUAAUGAGUUCAAAAUUCAGAUUGAAGGACAAAAAGCUGAGCUACAACAACAUGAAUUAAUGAAACAAAUCGAUCAAUGGGAACACGAAUCAAUCGAAAAGAUUCGACAAGUGGCAAAUGAAGUUCGUUUGGAACUCUCAUCAUGUGUCAUCACAUUUAUCACCGAUCAAGAUUUCAAAUUCAAAAAAUUGAGAGAGCAAUUGAUUCAAUGUCGCAAAGAUGAAGAUUUUAUUGAUACAGACAUUCAGUUUUUGAAUGAAGAACUCGAAAAGUUAAAAUGCAUUCUUAACAAUUCACCAACUUUCAAAAUUGAAUACGAUUCAACAUCUUUUAUCAAUAAGAUUCGUUUUAACAAGGAAGAUGAUUUUGAACGUCGACUAUCACGACUCGAUUCAUCAAAAUCAAAUGAUAAUAAUGCUGUUCAUAUUAUUAUUGAUCCAUCAUCGAAAAAACUAUCCAUUGAUCCGAAAACGCGUUCUUUACAAAUGAAAGGUGCAUUUUUUUGCGAAUAUUUCGAUUCACCAGUCGAUGCACUUUAUUUUUCAAUUGGUUAUUCAUUUGAUAUUAAAAAAGAUGCGCCUAUAUGGAUAACUGUUGAACCAAUGAUUUCACGAUAUCAUGCAGAUUUAUCAUUUAAAAAUAUGGAUAUUCGAAUUCUUCUCUUUGAAAAACGUCCUCAUUCAACAGAAAGACGUCUUCUUCAUAUGAGUUCUGAACGAUCAGGAUAUAAAUCCUAUCUUCAUUUGAAUGCAUUAGCAAAAGGCUCAUAUGAAGUUAUUCCUGUUACGUUUGGUGGUGUACUUCGAGCACGAUCGAAAGAAGUGAAUGAACGUGCACCGAUAAAAAGAUUGCGAGAAAAUAGAAAAGGAAAUAACUUUGUUAUGAGUAAAGAUUACCGAGAUGCACUUGAAUAUGUAUUUGAUCUAUUUGAUUUUGAUGAUAAUAAACAACUUGAUCGAAAUGAAUAUAAUUUAUGGACAAUAAGAACAACAGAAGAAGAAAUAACUGAUGAAGAUUGGUCAUCAAUUCGACAACAUGUUGGUUUGGAUGUUGAUGAAAAUGUUUCAAAAGAAAAAUUUUUAAAAUUAAAUGAUUUGGAAGUACAAGAUCCAUAUACAAGUGAACAAGAGUUAUGGAAUGGUUUAAAAUCUUUAGGUUUUAAUUAUGCACUUGAACUAGAUAUGAUGUGUGUAUUUAAUUUAACUGUACAUAUCAAUCAACCUGAUCUUCAUCUUAAACCAACAUCAUAUGUUGAAUUAGCUGAAAUAAAAACAGUUCUUAUGAAUUUUUUAGAAAAUAAAGGACAAAAAAUAAAACUUAAUAAUUCAUCCGUUCAAUGUUUUAAUUAUAAAGAUGAUUGUGGUUCAAUACUUCUUGCAGAAAAUAAAAGUGCAUCAAAUGUUCGAUUAUCUAUUCAAGUAAAAGAUUCAAAAAAUGUUGCAUUAAAUCUACCUAUUGAUGCGCACAAACCACAUGUAAUCAAUGUUCGGCAUGAUAGCACUCAAGUUAUUUGGUUUGCACAUCAGCUAGAAAGUCAACGAAAGAUGGAAUUAGAUGCAAGUUUUCAAGUAAAAUGA